UGGUCAAAUCAGUCUCACUUGUUCGCUUCAUCAGAUCGGUUUUAUUUCGACUUUUUUCGUUUUCCCAAAUAAAUUCUCCUUGUAAAUCUCGGCAUUAAAAAAAAAACACAAAAAAAUUAAAAAAUAGUAAAAAAAAAAAAUUAAUUCAAAAGGAUAAUCGUGAAUUGGUUCGAAAAAGCAUAUAGCUAUUAAAGAUAAAAAUAAACGGUUACGAAAAAUGAGAACCAGCAAUACACGUGGAGGAAAUGGCGCUCGAUUGCAAAAUCCAACUCAAUACUCCAGCUUUUCGCCAGCGGGAGUACAAUAUCAAACUGUCUAUCCGCAGCAGCAGCAACAACAGCAGCAAGGAGCGUCCUUCGGUUCAGGACUGUCAGGAGCCAGCUCAACUCGCGGCGGAGCCAAGGUCAAGUCGGCAUUUGUGCCAAGUCUGCAGCAGCAGCAACAGCAACUUCUUGCCCAGCAGCAACAAGCAGCAGCAGGAGCCGGCGGUGCAACGGCACUCAACAUGCCAAGCUACGCGGACCAGAUGCAGGCAGCCUUCCUGGACUACCAGCGCCAGCGAGUGGAGUUUGAGCAGCAGCAACAGCAGCUGCUGCAGAAGCUCUAUCACUACUAUCCCGAUGUAUCGGGAGCGCUGGCAAGCCAAGCUGGCAGCCAGUCGGCAGCAACAGCAGCAUCCGGAGCGGCUCCGACAAGCGGAUUACGUUACGUCCAGCGACAGUCUGCCAACCUUAAUGGACUGCAGCAGCAGCAGCAGCAAUCGCAACAGCAGCAACAACGUCAACAGCAAUCAGUCCCUAGUUUCUAUUCAACCCAACAGCACUUGGGAUUCAUGCAACAGCAGCAGCAGGAUGUGCUGCGCGACCAACAGCAGAGUGUGGCCCAACAGUUUGCCACCAGCCAACUGGCCCCCACAACUACCCAGAGCUUCGGCAUGGCAGUGCCAAUGUCCUCCGUAUUGGGUACUACAUCGUACCAAUCUUCCCCCGAGGUGUCCCAUGUGAAUUUCAGCAGCGGCAAUCUCAACUAUAGCUUCUAAGUGCUUGCUAAGUGUAUCCAAUCUCUAUCAUUCCUUCUCUUUGCAUCUUUUUUUUUUUUUGCAUUCUUCAAAUUAUGUAAUAGUUUCUCAUUUUUUUUUUUUUUUUUUUGACAAUUCUCUGCAUUUUGGCAAGAAUAAAUUAUUAAAGUGAGUGUCAUCUGCAAUUGACAAGAGUUUGAAUGGAGGCGAAAGUUUCAUGGCUAAGAAUGCCAAAAUAAAAUUUAAAACCAAAACUAUUUAA